AGAUCUAGAAGGAUCACAGCAACAAUUAAACAUUGAUGCAUCAGAAUGGUUAAAUUAUACUUUAGGAUAGGAUUUGAUUGUAGAUGAUUUGUGUUUAUCAAACUGAAAUGUUUGACAACCAAAUUAAAGGCAAAGAAGAUCAUAGAUAUUCCCAAUGCCUACCUUGCUUAAACGCAAUAACUAGAAACACUAACAUGGUAACAUGACUCCUAAAACACUCUUAAACAAUCUAAUCCUAAUAAAACUAGCAAAACUAAUUAUAAGCUAAAAUUACUCUUGAAUAAUGAUGAUAAUUACUUGAGAAUCUUAAAUAUUGUAAAUAGGUCUUCCAUGGCUUCUUGUUCCUUGCGACUUAUUGUAGAUUAAUUAAGAUUACUUUUGAAGUUGUCUUUCCAAAUGGAAGAUUGUCCAAGGAUAUGUCAUACUCGAAUCAAAUUUUGCCUUUAACCAAUCCUAGCAUUUUGUUUAUUGUCCUUAGUCUCUCUCAUUGUGCCUAUCCUUUAUAGAAAGGUAUUAUGAUUUCUGAUGCAAGUUUAAUUGAUAAAUUAGCAUUUAACAUAUUUAACACUUCUUUUACCUAACAUUGUAAGACUUUUAAUUGAUUAAGAAAUUGAGGGCAAUGUUAUGGCAUCUUUUGGUCUAGUAUAACUGACUAGUUUCUAAAUGUUAUUUAAGGACAAAGCUGAUUCUUAACUUUUUAUAAAUUGUUGCUAUUAAGUUCUAAUGAUAAUCUUAUGUGAAAUCUUUUAAUUUUUUUUAUCAAUAAAUGAUGCUGAUGAUUUUCCUAAUUCUUAUGAUGGAGUAACAGUUGUCUCCCACCAUCUCCUUAGGAGUACCCCAUCUUGUGUGUUAACCUUUUGAGACUUCUUGUCCAAAAUAGAAUUGCAGAAUUUCACAUAGAAUUGGAACUGCUACCUCCCUCUGCUUUGGAGAAUCCUUGCAUCAAACAUGUAGUGGAGUUGGAGCAAUCCUUCAUGGAAAGGGCUUACAACCGUGUUUUAAGUGCAAGGCAGACUGCUCUGCAUGAAACCUAUGUUUAUUUUAUGGAUCUGUUGGCCAAGACUAUAAGGUUGUGUUUUUCUUUCUUUCUUUCAUUUUUUUUUUAAACUUCAAUUUAUAGUAUUUUAUAGUAAUUCUUUGAGAGUUAAACAAAUUUUGAAGUUAGAU